UUUUAUUCCGAAUACUGUAUUUAAAGAUAAUAUGGUAAAUCUUUAAUUUAAUUAUAAUUAGUGUUUCAUUUGACGACAAAAUGAUAGGAAAGGUAGCUUUGAUUACAGGUUCCUCUUCUGGUAUCGGCGCCGCUAUAGCCAUAAAGUUGUGGUCUUUGGGCGCGAAUGUAGUCAUCACUGGAAGGAAUGAGAAACGAAUCCAAGAAGUGGUCAACAAAUGCCAGAAUCGGGACAAUCAGAGAGCGCUUGAAGUGAGGGCUGACUUAUUGGUGGACAAAGAUAUCGAGCAAUUAGUGGCGAAGACUAUCAAAGAGUUCGGCAAAAUUGAUAUUCUGGUCAAUAACGCCGGUAUCGGAACUACUGUCCAAUUAAAUGAUCAAAAAUACAUCGAAACCUUUGACGAGAUUUUUAAGACUAAU